AUGGCGUUCUUAAAUAAAAUUGGAAAUCUACUCAAGAAUUCUGCUGUCAAGCACAUGAAUCAAGAUUUUUCUGUGUCUAGCCCUUCACUUUGGCAAGCAAUUAGAUCCAUGUCAUCUGCAAAGCUUUUUGUCGGAGGAAUUUCUUAUAGCACUGAUGAUAUGAGUCUGCGGGAAGCUUUUGCUCGCUAUGGAGAAGUAAUUGAUGUCAAUGUUAUUAUGGAUCGUGAAACUGGCAGAUCAAGAGGUUUUGCCUUCAUAACCUUUGCAACAAGUGAGGAUGCAUCUUCUGCCAUUCAGGCCUUGGAUGGCCAGGAUCUUCAUGGUCGGAGAAUUCGGGUGAAUUAUGCUACAGAAAGAUCACGACCAGGGUUUGGUGGCGGUGGUGGAUAUGGUGGAGGUGGGUAUGGGGGUGGUGGUGGUGGAUAUGGUGGAGGUGGUGGUUAUGGAGGUAAUGCCAACAGGGGUGGAAGCUAUGGAGGUGGUGGUCAUGGUGUUACAAGCAGCUAUGGCGGUGGCAAUGCUGAAACUAGUUACACUGGUGGUGCUGAUGCUAGUAAUUACCAAUUCGGUGGAAAUUCUGGUGGAGAUCUUGGCCCAGCUAGCGGUGAAUUCGGAAGCAACCAAUGUGAUGGAGCAGGCGCAGCCGACAUUGAUGAAUUCAUAGAGCCACAGGAAGACAAGGUGAGGGGAAACAGUGAUGAACCUGAUGGCUAUGCUCAGAGCAAGUAA